ACUUCAGGAACUGGUCCUCUGCAAACUCUCGCGCUUUCCAAGGACUGAACAGUGAACAGUGGGUGCAUUCAAUGGAUUCCGGAUUCUAAUGACCACGAGGUCGUCGGUGACUGUCAGCAACAGGAUGCUGUAGAUAUAGGAGCCUCGGAGUUGAUAAAGUGACGGGAACAUCAUCGAAGGGACGGGGUGCCUUUCGAGGAGCAGGUGGACCAUGGAUGGCGGACGGAAGGCAACUCUGCACGUGACCUUGCUCAACGCACGCGACUUGCGUCGAUCGAGCUCGCCAUCAUUGUUUUUCUUUCCCCAUUGUUCUUUCCUCCACACUCGCGAUGGCGGCUUCAAAAACUCCCAACGGCACCGCCGAGGCACCUAUCGAGGUGUCCACCCUUCCCCCCGUUGUUGGUAUCAACUUCGGCAACUCUUACGCGUCUAUCGCGGUCUUCACGAAGGAAGGGCAUGCUGAGUGCAUCGCGAACGAGGAUGGAGAGCGCCAGAUUGCCUGCGCCUUGGCUUUCCACGGAGAGGAAAUGUACAUUGGCAACCAGGCGAAGCCCCAGCUCGUGAAGAACGCGAAGAACACGAUCGUUGGCUUCAGGAACAUCUUGGGGAAGAAGUUCUCCGAGAUCUCGCAGCCGGAAUUAUCCACCUCUGCCCCCGUCAUCCAGCACCCCGAUCAGCCUGAUGAGCCCGCGUACAAGGUUGAGGUGCUCAAGGCAGCCGCUCCCGCUCCCUCCGCGCCCAAGACCGCGUCGAACACCCCUGCCGCGUCCGCUUUGGCCACCCCCGCGUCCGAACCCGUCCUGGGCGAGCGUAUCCUGACCGUCUCCGAGGUCGCCACCAUCUUCAUCCGCUCGCUCAUCCAGUCCGCGGAGGACUUCAUGGGCAAGAAGGUCCAGGGCGCCGUGAUCACCGUGCCGACGUGGUUCACCGAGGCCCAGCAAAAGGCGCUCGAGAAGGCCGCGACGGACGCGGGCGUCAACGUGCUGCAGCUGCUCGAUGAGGCUGCGGCGACCGUCCCGACCACGACGUCGGAGUCGUGGGGCAGCGGCCAGCUCUCGCCGGACCGCACGCAGCUCGUCGUCGACGUCGGCCACUCGUCCCUCUCCCUCAACCUGCUGUCCAUCCGCGACGGCCUCGCGCACGUCAUCGCCUCCUCCUCGUCCACCACGAUCGGCGCCGCGCAGAUCGACGCCGCGCUCAUCAAGUUCUUCGCCGCCGACUUCACGAAGAAGACGAAGACGGCGCUGGCCGUCGCGCCCGCGCCCUCGACGCAGGACGCGCGCGCGGAGGCCAAGCUCCUCCUCGCCAUCGAGCACACGAAGCGCACGCUGAGCGCGUCCCCGGGCGCCGCGACGUGCUCCGUCGAGUCCCUCAAGGACGGCCUCGACUACACCGGCACGGUCAACCGCCUGCGCUUCGACAUGCUCGCGAAGCCGACGUACCAGGCCGUCGCGACGGAGGUCACCGCGCUGCUCGCCGCCGCCGCCGUCGACCCCGUCCUCGUCGACGAGAUCGUGUACGUGGGCGGUACGGGCUCCCUCCCCGGCCUCGACGAGCACCUCGUGCUCGCCGCGGGCUUCCGGGAGAGCGUCGCGACGCCCUUCUCGCUCGGCACGGUCGUCGGCGGCGGCGAGGGCGACCCGACGACGGUGCUCGCGCGCGGGUGCGCGCUCCAGGCGGAGCUCAUCGCCGUCCUGGGCGAGGAGGACGCGGAGCUGCGGCACCUGUUCACGGACGCGGCGAAGCUGCGCGACGUGCAGGACGUGCCCGCGACGAGCGCGGCCCUCGGCGUCGUCUUCCCCGACGCGGCGAAGACGGGCGAGCCGAUGGACGGGCUGUGGGUCCCCGUGAUCGCGAAGGAGACGCCGCUGCCGGCGCGCCGGGCGGUGACGUUCGAGGUCGAAGUCGAGAGCGAGGAGAGCAGCAAGUUCGCGUUCGAGGUCGCGGAGGCGAGCGUGGAGAUCAAGGUCGAGCUGCAAAAGCCGCCGAAGGAUGAGUAUGACGAGUACGAGGAAGAUGAGGAGCCGGAGGACAUCGAGGUGAAGCAGGAGGUGUUGAAGAAGGACCGUGUGUUGGGCGUCGUCGAGUUCGAGGCGAAGAAGGCGAUCAAAAUCCUGGGCUCGGGGCCAAAGGCAGGCAAAUGGACGACGACGGUGGACGUGAAGUUUGUGGUUGGUAUCGAUGGCGCAUUGACCGUGACGCUAGCGGAGCACGGUAAUGAGGAUGUGAAGACCGCGACCUUCAACUAGAUGUAGCCUCAUGUAUUCUUAGCAUCUCACCGUGUACAUGUACUUGCAUAUGUACCGGAAUCGCACUCUCAUAUAUUGCCACAAGACAUCACGCGACCAAUCCGACAGAGG